UGAGGAGAGAACCCCCCUCCACCCAAAAAGAAAAAAAAAGAACGACGAAGGGACAGAAGCCAAAAAAAAAAAAGGUUCAUUUGAGAAGAAGAAAGAGAAUAAAAGCCGGGGACAAUGGGGAGGAAAAAGAUUCAGAUUACGCGAAUUAUGGAUGAACGCAACAGACAGGUGACUUUUACGAAGAGAAAGUUUGGUCUGAUGAAGAAGGCCUAUGAGUUGAGUGUGCUUUGUGACUGUGAGAUUGCCCUCAUUAUCUUCAACAGCACCAAUAAACUCUUCCAGUAUGCCAGCACAGACAUGGACAAAGUGCUGCUCAAAUACACCGAGUACAACGAACCCCACGAGAGCCGCACCAACUCGGACAUAGUGGAGACAUUGAGGAAGAAAGGCCUAAACGGCUGUGACAGCCCCGACCCUGACGCUGACGAUUCGGCGUUGAGCAAGAAGGACAACAAAGGGGGCGAAUGCCCGGACCUCGAGUCUGCUCUCGCGUUAACUCCACGCACGGAGGAGAAAUACAAACAGAUAAACGAAGAGUUUGAUCAUAUGAUCAAGACUCAUAAGAUACCUGCUGUGCCACCCUCUAACUAUGACAUGCCCGUGUCCAUCCCCGUGAGUAAUCAGAUCUACGGCCACCCGGGCGGGUCUUUAGGAAACCAUAACCUACUGCCAUUGGCUCACCAUACCCUGCAGAGAAACAGCAUGUCACCUGGAGUCACACACAGACCUCCCAGCACAGGUAACACAGGUGGUCUGAUGGGUGCUGAGUUGGGACCUGGGGGUGGAGGUACAGCUGGGAAUGGCUAUGGGAACCACCGUAACUCGCCCGGCUUGCUGGGCUCCUCCGCGGGGAUGAAUAAGAGCAUGCAGGCGAAGUCUCCUCCACCCAUGGGUCUGGGUAUGAACAGUCGCAAACCAGACCUCCGUGUGCUUAUCCCCCCGAAUGCCAAGAACAACAUGCCCUCUGUAAAUCAGAGAAUAAACAACUCUCAGUCUGCCCAAUCACUGGCCACCCCUGUGGUUUCCGUGGCAACGCCCACUUUACCUGGUCAGGGCAUGGGUGGCUACCCCUCUGCCAUCUCAACCUCCUAUGGUACCGAAUAUUCCCUGAGUAGCGCAGACCUGUCAUCCGUAUCUGGUUUUAACAGUGGCAACUCCCUCCAUCUUGGUGGCUGGCAGCAACAACACCUGCAAAACAUGCAGCAUUCCUCUCUUGGACAGCUAGGAAAUUGCACUAGCUCUCACUUAUGUCAGAGUUCAAAUCUCUCCCUGCCCUCUGCUCAGAGCCUCCACAUCAAGUCCGAACCUGUUUCUCCUCCUAGAGAUCGCUCCAGCAGCGCCACCCCCGGGGGCUACCCCGCUGUGGCCCCGCCCCCCUCUCACGCCCAGCACUCGGGUCGAUCCCCGGCCGACAGUCUCAGCAGCUGCGGAAGCUCGCACGACGGGAGUGAUCGCGACGAACACCGUCCCGACUUUCACUCCCCGCUGGGACUCACCCGCCCCGGCCUGGACGAACGCGACAGCCCGUCCAUCAAACGCGUUCGCCUGUCGGAGGGCUGGGCCACAUGAUAGGCCUCGCCCCAACCCCGCCCACACCACGGGCCACUCACAUGCUCUAUCUCUCUCUUUCUCUCUAUUUCUCUUUUUCUCUCUCUUGGUCACAAGCUCCAGUCACCCUCCCUGUCCCUCUGAUCGUAGAGAAGAGAAGCAUUUUUUUAAG